CAGCAAAAACCCUUCCCGUCCACUCCAGGACCAACCAUGCGCCACCUCUUCCGUUUCGCCGCCGUCGCUCGACGCGAGAACCUUGUCUUCCUCCUCCGCAGGUACAGGUCACCGAAGCCAGCCACGGCACCGUCACCGCCAACCCCUCCGAAGCCUCCAAAGAAGCCGCAGAAGUUCAGCUUCCACGGCAUCACGUGGGAGGACCCAUACAGCUGGAUGUCGAACCUGAACGACAAGGUUGCGAUGAGGCACAUGGAUGUUUGCAUGGAGCAAGAGGAGAAGUACACCGAAGCCGUCAUGUCCGACUCCGAGAAACUUCAGAACAAGCUGCAGUUUGAGAUGGCUUCGCGAAUUCCCUUCGACCUCUCCACUCCCCCUCUACGAUGGGGCCCUUGGUUGUACUAUCGUCGUGUUGAGGAAGGGAAACAGUACCCUGUGCUGUGCAGAAGGUUGGCCAGCUUGAAUGACGAGUUCAUUUCGCAUAAGUAUCCUCCUGCUGGGUUUGAUUUUGCCUCUGGCAAGAGAAUUGAACAAAAGCUUAUUGAUUACAACCAAGAAGCAGAGAGAUUUGGAGGUUUCGCUUAUGAGGAAUUGUCUGAAGUUUCGCCGAACCAUCAGUUUAUUGCUUACACCAUGUAUGAUAAAGACAAUGACUACUUUAAGUUGUCUGUGAGAAAUUUGAACUCGGGUUCCUUGUGUAGUAAGCCUCAGGUAGAUCGGGUUUCAAACUUGGCAUGGGCCAAAGAUGGUCAGGCAUUGCUUUACGUUGUAACAGAUCAGAAGAAAAGGCCAUAUCGGAUCUACUGCAGUCUGAUUGGAUCAACUGAUGAUGAUGCUUUGCUUUUGGAAGAAUCAGAUGAAAAUGUUCACAUUAAUAUACGCAGCACAAAAGACUUCAGAUUUGUGACUGUAAAUACAUUCACUACCACUUCUUCAAAGGUCUUUCUGAUAAAUGCAGCUGAUCCAUUAUCCGGCUUGAAACUAGUUUGGGAGUGCCCUUCUCUAGCUCAUUGCAUAAUUGAGCAUCACCAAGGUUACCUUUAUUUAUUUACAGAUGCUCCAAGAGCUGGGCAAUCAAUUGAUUAUCAUUAUCUUCUCUGUAGUCCAGUGAAUGAUCCAUCAAAUCCAAGAAAAUGGGAGGAGGUAUUUCUCAAUGAUGAAGAUUUGAUUGUUGAGGAUGUUGAUUUUAGUGACAAAUACUUAGCACUGAUUUUAAGGGAAGGUUGUAAUUUUCGACUUUGUUCGGUUAAACUGCCACUGUCAACUGGGAAGGGGGCAGUUAAACUCAGGAAGUUGGAUAUACGGUACUUGUCUCUUCCAAAACAUGUUUGCCAAAUUUCCCCUGGACCAAAUUAUGACUUCUACUCGUCAGUCAUGCGGUUUAUAAUAUCGUCACCUGUGAUGCCAGAUGCUGUGGUUGAUUAUGAGCUGACAACUGGUAGGUGGAACAUUAUUCAGCAGCAAAAUAUGCUUCAUGAAAGAACACGAAUACUUUAUGGAGCAAAUUCUGCAAGUGUCACCCUAGACAAUGCAAAUUCAAAAUGUUCCGGUCCUGUGAAUUCAAAGUUGGAAGAUAGCCAGUCAUGGAAUGAAUUGUCUGAAUUUUAUGCCUGUGAACAAUUUGAUGUCCCUUCAGCUGAUGGGGUGAAGGUUCCUUUGACUAUUGUUUUUUCUCGUAGUAAUAAGCCAGAGGAUAAAACACCUGGGAUAUUGCAUGGACAUGGAACUUAUGGUGAGUUACUUGAUAAAAGGUGGCGCAGUGAACUAAAAAGCCUCCUAGAUCGAGGUUGGGUUGUUGCAUAUGCUGAUGUCAGAGGUGGCGGUGGUCAUGGUAAAAAAUGGCAUCAUGAAGGGAGACGUACAAAGAAACACAAUUCAAUCAAUGAUUAUAUUUCCUGUGCCAAGUUCCUCAUUGAAACAGAUAUUGUGGAUGAAAAUAAAUUGGCAGGUUGGGGAUAUAGCGCCGGAGGACUCUUGGUUGCUUCUGCCAUUAAUCAACAUCCAGAUUUAUUCCGUGCUGCAGUCUUAAAGGUUCCAUUUUUAGAUCCUACCAACACUCUUCUGUAUCCUGUCCUACCACUUAUAGCGGCUGAUUAUGAAGAGUUUGGCUACCCUGGGGACCCUAACGAUUUUCUUGCAAUUCGAGACUACUCUCCAUAUGAUAAUAUUCAAAAGGAUGUUCUUUAUCCAGCUGUGUUAGUAAACUCGUCUUUCAAUACAAGAUUUGGUGUAUGGGAAGCUGCAAAAUGGGUUGCACGAGUUCGUGAUCAUACUAUAUAUGAUCCGAAGCGGCCAAUAUUACUGAAUUUGACCACAGAUUUAGUGGAGGAAAACCGUUAUUUGCAGUCUAAGGAGUCAGCAUUAGAGGCUGCAUUUCUUAUCAAAAUGAUGGAUUCUUAGAUAUGCCAACUGAUAUUAAAAAAGAGAAAUGGCAAAAUCAACCUCCAAUGAGAAGUUCAGCUGGUGAAACAUUUGCCUUCCAAUUUCCAAAUCCAAUGGAGAAAGCGACUUUCAUGCAACAAUUUGAAAGUUUAUUGCCUGUAAAUGUCACUGGUUUAUUGUUUCAUAACCAACAUGUAAUAAUUCUUAUAUGUCUUGACGACAAUGAAUAAUAGCAUAGUUAUCUCUUGUAUCAUUAAUCCAUGAC